AUGACCCUGGCUGUCAGUGCAGUUCCUAAGGCAGCUGCCAAGCGCAGCCCCAGUCGCAGUCCCCAGCCCGAGCCCGGCUCUAACCUCAAGCCCUAUCGCUCGGUCACGUCCGGGCCCUGCCCAUCAGAGAGCCCUCUGGCUUUCGACCAAUCAUAUCGCCCGGUGGCGUUGCGGCCCCGCCCCCUGCACCUCCGAGUCGUCACAAAGGCCUCCAGUAUUUGCUCCGGCCCCCGUUGUGCGGUCACGGAGCUCCUAUUGGCUGUCGGUGAGUGGGCGGGGCUCAGCCGCCUGUAUAAAUGGCCGCGGGCGGGGCGGGCUCGGCGAGCUCGUGGCGGUGGUCGGGGCGGGCGGAGCUCUGCGCCCUCGGCCCCGCGACGCCGGAGCCUCGGGGCCGCCCGUGCCUCGCAGCGCCGCGACCCUGCGGCCACGGGCCACGGGGGGGUGUGCGCCGUGCUUGGGAGGGAGGUGGGAGCGCCCUUUGUGGCCGCUCGCGGCUCCCUGCGCCGGCGCCGCUGUCUCCCCCGCCCCCAAAUAGGAGAGGGACAAAGUGCCGGCCGCCCCAGAUCGAAGAGGGACAGAGAGAAUGCCGGCCCCGCAAAAUCGAAGAAGGAUGGAGAGCACCCCCGGCCGGUCAAAGGCAAGCAGGGGAAGCGGCGCAGAGGGUCCUCCCGAAAGCGGAUGGGGACCGAGACCACUCCCAGCCUUGCAAAGGUGAGGAGGAUCGAGCAACUCCCCAUCAUCCUGCAGGCUGAGACGGAGCAGGACACGUCCUUCCCCAGCAUCCCCCAGGGCGAGAGGGACGGAGACCCCUCGAGCACCGCCCCUCCUUCCCCCGCCCCCGUGGACGAAGCAAAAUAAAAUUGGCAGAAAGCCAAUUUACCUGCGCACCGAAGGCUUUGACUGAUGUUUGUUUUCCCAACGAGUCACUUGUGAAGAAAAUCGAAAGUCCCGGCCCUCCCCAUGGGAGAGGAGGACGGCGACAACCCCGGCCACCCCACAGGGGAGUGCAGAGGUGCACCAGUCCCCCAUCGGGGAAAGGAGCAGGGAGACUAUUACUGCGGGUCUUCUGGGCAGUCAGGACUUGGUGAAGCAAAGUAGAGAUCUUGACCCCAUUUCA